AACAAUACCUCUUCUAUGAGGACGGGAGAACUCUGAACAAUAGACAACCUGUCUUUCUUCCCUUUCCUCAUUCUCUCCAUCUCUUCAUCUGGCAUAUAAAAUGCCUUCUACUUUAAUUCGUCCCGACAGUGAUGGGCCGGUUGUGAAGAGACAAAAGCUCAAUGCGAACACCGCACCGAGAGGCGCAGCGCGAGAAUCGAGGAUCUUCACACCUUUCCGGACCAUUGGCUUAGUAUCAUCGACUCCUAUCCCCUUCACGUCCGUCCCCCUUGGCAAAACAACCUUCCAAAUCACCACCUCGGUGGGAAGAUCUCUGCAAACCUACGAUCUAAAGCGCGGACUCAACCUGGUAUUUCUCACGAGACCACAAACGCCUGAGGAUGUAACCGCAACAGUGGCAUGGAAGGAGCUGGUGUUUGCGGCGUGGGGUGGAGCGAGUCAGGAUGGACAGCAGGGUCUUUGGAUAUUCAAGAGAGGGAAGAAAAUUUCGGAACUCGACCUUCCUACCGACCUCCAGCAACCUAUCAAGAAACUUGUUAUAUUCGGUACAUGGCUUGUGGGAUGUUGCACAACAAGAAUCGAAGUAUGGAAAUCGAACUUGGAGAGGUCUCCGACUUACGAGCAUUAUACGACCCUGUUCACGACGGCGUCUCUACAAGGCGGGAAUGAGCUUACCGGCGCUAUUUCAAAUAUGCCUACAUACCUGAACAAAAUCUUUGCUGGAAGGAAAGAUGGUGGCGUUGAAAUCUGGAACGUGAGCUCUGGGAAGUUGAUCUACACAAUUUUACCUCCUGCUGCGAAUUGCGGGGAGGUCACCGCACUACAACCCACCCCCGUCCUGUCACUUCUAGCUAUCGCAUACUCUGAAGGACCUUUGAUAAUACACGAUGUUCGAACCGACAAGACAUUAAUCCAGUUGAAUGGAGGGUACUCGAGUUCUACGAUCACGUCUAUAUCAUUCCGAACGGACGACCUUGGGGCUGGUCAUGAUGGCAGGAAACCAGGCGUGAUGGCUACUGCCGGCCCCGGAACAGGCGAUGUGACAUUCUGGGAUCUCAACGGGGGAGGAAGAGUCAUGGGAAUACUCCGAUCAGCUCACAACCCCCCUUCGGAUGCAGACACAAUCGUUGGUGGCGGUGUGAGUAAAGUCGAAUUUCUUCCCGGACAACCAGUGAUUGUGACCAGCGGUCUGGACAACUCCUUGAAAUCGUGGAUAUUCGACGAGACACCCUAUUCGCCGAUUCCUCGAAUCCUACAUUCAAGGAGCGGGCAUGCCGCACCUGUUACACAGCUACAGUUUCUUCCCACUGAUGCGGAUGGUGCAGAUCGGGGAGGCAAAUGGUUGCUCAGCGCUGGAAAAGACCGAAGCUUGUGGGGAUGGAGUCUUCGAAGAGAUGGCCAAAGCACAGAGCUUAGCCAGGGGAACAUCAGGAAGAAGGCCAAGAAGCUGGGAAUUCUGGCAAAUGUCUCUCUAGCAAACGAGCCUAGUGCAACUAUUGAGGAUCUCAAAGCACCCGAGAUCACCUGCAUGGCUAUGUCUUUGAACCGUGAUGGUGGAAUGGGUGCAGAUCCAGGCAACGGCGCCAUCUGGCAGAAGGGUUCGAAGGUUCACAAACAGCCCACAGAUGCUACGGCCAGUGGUGUAACUGGAUGGGAAAGUGUGAUCACGGGCCACCGCGAUGACAAGUAUGCUCGAACUUGGUUUUGGGGUAGGAAAAAGGCAGGUCGAUGGGCCUUUGAAACUGGAGAUGGCGGCUAUGUUAGCAGUGUGGCAAUCAGCCCUUGCGGUACUUUCGCUGUGGUUGGGUCAGAAACCGGUGGCAUCGACAUGUUUAAUUUGCAGUCUGGACGACACCGACAACGAUAUCCUGCAAAGCUGACUCCAGCACAAGCAAACAAAUUGAAGAUCCAGCAGGCACAAGCGCUGGAAAGCGGUGUUCAACUUCAUUCCAAAUCCAAGAGAACGUUUCCUCUUGGCAUGGGAAAGCAUAGAAAAGCAGUCACUGGCGUGGUUGUGGAUUCUCUGAACAGAAAUAUCAUAAGUUGUUCUCUGGAUGGCAAGGUUAAAUUCUGGGAAUUCGGAACUGGCCACCUUGUGGAUGAAAUCGAUUGGCAUCCUAUGGCAGCCAUCACAGCAAUGCGAUACCAUAGCUCGAACGACCUGAUAGCCCUCGCUUGUGACGAUUUGUCAAUCCGAGUAGUCGACAUCGAGACAAAAAGAACAAUCAGAGAACUAUUCGGGUGCAAAGGGGGGAUCAAUGAUUUCUGCUUCUCCAACGACGGCCGCUGGAUUAUCGCCGCUUCGAAGGAUCGAGUAGUACGAGUCUGGGAUCUUCCCACGGGUCACCUGAUUGAUGCCAUCAGAAUGGAGACUCAAUGCACUGCGCUUGCAUUUUCGGCUACUGGAGAAUUCCUGGCCACGACUUGCGAAGGUCAAGUCGGAGUUAACAUCUGGAAUAACAAGACCUUGUUCACACAUGUUCCCACUCGGCAUAUCUCUGAAAAUGAGAUUGCUGAAAUAUCUGGGCCCACUGUGUCUGGAGAAGGUGGACACGGACUCAUUGAUGGUGCUUUCGAGGACGAGACGGAAGAGGCUGAGGACGUGGCCCCUGCUCUAUCGCUGGACCAAUUGAGUGCAGAUAUGUUGACCUUGAGUUUGGUCCCCAAGAGUAGAUGGCAGACCCUCCUCCAUCUGGAUCUAAUUAAACAACGCAACAAGCCAAAAGAAGCGCCCAAGGUUCCGGAGAAGGCUCCGUUCUUCCUCCCAUCGCUCGAGAAGCCGGUGGUUCCUGCUGCUGUGGAAGAGAAGAAAACCGAGGAAAGUGUGGCAGAGAGGUCGAGAAUCAUGAAGAUGGAUCGUCUUGCUUCCGAAGGAGCUUUCACCAUCGCUCUUCGAUCUGGAAGUGAAACGGGCAAUUAUGCACCAUUCAUUGACUACCUCAAAACCCUCUCGCCAUCUGCGGCAGAUCUCGAGAUCCGGUCCCUCAACCCUGGUACAGAGGAUGACGAUUCGGAUGAGCUGGUCAAUUUCGUAGAAGCUCUGACAAGCCGGCUCCGCGAAAAACGGGACUACGAAUUAGUACAAGCCUGGAUGGCGGUCUUCCUCAAGAUACAUGGCGAGGAGGUGGCGCGUAGUGCAAAGUUGAUGGAAACACUGAAGUACUGGAGACAAUGCCAAGAGAGCGAAGGUGUCCGCGUGGGCGAGUUGGUGGGGUUCUGCAGCGGCGUUGUUGGAUUCUUAAGGAACCCGAACAAAUUCUGAGGGGGGAUAUGAGUAGGAUAUGUACAAUACCUAAAUCGAAAACAUGUAACGUAUCAAUGGAUGUAAACAAACAAAGGCCAUCGACAUCUUUUGCAUGGUUGUUGC